AUGAACCCUAAUUACCAGAUGUUAAACAGCUGCCCUUUCUUUCCUAAACAGCAACUGAAUGAACCGGAGGAAACAUUUUCUUUGCUACAUCAAUGGCCGCUUGCGCCGUUCUCUCCAAUUUUAGAUCCCAAUCUAGCUGUCCCAGAAAUCGAUAAUCACAUAUCUGAUGACAUUGUUAACAAGAGAGAACAAAACCCUCAUGUUCUUGAAGGAAUUGCCGCCAUUGUUGGAGAACACGUUCUUUUUGGAGGCAGUAAUAUGAACAGUACAAUGAAGAAUGGUAAAGAGAGUGAACAAUCCGAAAUUCUGCGUGGGAAAAAGUUGGAAACAGAAGGGGACAAGAGGAAUGUGGGUGAUAUUGGAGUGCAAAAAAGCUAUAGGGGUGUAAGGAAGAGGCCGUGGGGGCGGUGGUCAGCCGAGAUACGCGAUCGUGUAGGGCGGUGCCGCCAUUGGUUAGGUACCUUCGACACGGCGGAGGAGGCGGCUCGGGCUUAUGAUGCAGCGGCAAGAAGGCUGAGAGGAUCCAAAGCUCGUACCAACUUUGAAAUUCCCCCAGUACUACCUAUUUCUUCAUCGAAUUCAUCAUCAUCUGAGGUGAAAAAUGGGAGAAAAGGCAAGAAAUCACAGGAUGAAAGAAGAAAAUGCUCAGUUGUUACUUCUGCUGCUCAUCUUUUCAGUUUAAAUCCCGUGGCUGACAAUGUAUCUGCAGGCGUUAAUCUUGAGCUUGAUUUGAAGCUUGGUGGUAGUUUCGGCGAGAGCAGGAUGUCAUCAAUGAUGGUUAAUUUAAUAUGA